AAUUUCCUUCCUCUCUUGAUUUUGCAUCUCCUCGUUAUGGUAUUUCGAGGGUUAGUAUCUAUGGAUAUGUACGUAUUUGCUGGAGUUGAUUCCUUGUUUUGAACAAUUGGAAGUUAUAUAGUGUUGGCCCUUAGUACCAUGGUGUGAGUUAUAGUUGGCUUGGUCUUACUGCUACUGAGUUCUUGUUGGAGUGCCUUAUAUCUGUUACUAAACUCUGCUAUUUCGAAUCCCUGGUUCCAGCUUGCUGGCUUGAUAGUCAGUUCCUACGGGGACUGCGCCAUGAUCACACUGUUGAUUUACCUUAUUUGUUUCAUGUUGGUUUAGUGGUUAUUCUUCACGACUUCCAUCUUUUAAUAAAAAUCAGCGGUUAAAUCCGUUCGAUCGGCUGUCCUCUAAUGGAAUUUUCUGAUACUGUGAUUAGGCCAAAAGAACAGAACAAACGAAAUUACUUCACACGUUUUGUGUUUGCUUUGAGAAACUAUCCAAAGGCAGUCACGCCAAGAAAAACUGGACUGAAUUGAUGCCAACAGUUUCGCAUUUUCAUUCUUCACAUGCAGACCAAAUGCUUCGGUGGCCUCAAAGAAAUUCCAUUCAUUAAUUUAUUAAUUAAACAUCGAAAUCAACAAAUUAUGUCGAAAUCCACCAGCUAAUAGCAUCUUUAAAUUGUUGUAGCUAGGCAGGCAAACCAGAAAUCUGUCAACAACAAUGGCAUUGGCAUCACAAUUUUCUCAUAUCUUCCCUUUUCUGUUCCUUUUUCACUUGUUCUUGACUACGCAAGAACUACAGAGGCUCGAAUUGUUUUCGGAAGCUGAUAUCAACAUUACCAAUAAUGCUCAUCCAAGGCUAGUUCAGAAGCGACUGCGGCUUCCUUUUGCUGUUGAUUCUGGCCCUCCUGUAGAAGAACGUGGUCAUUAUGCUGGCUACUAUCAUCUUCCUCAUACUAGAGGAGCAAGGAUGUUUUACUUCUUCUUUGAAUCACGGACCAACAAGAAUGACCCAGUUGUGAUUUGGUUGGCUGGAGGGCCUGGAUGCGGUGGUGAAAUAGCAUUGUUUUAUGAAAAUGGUCCUUUCCAUUUUGCAAAAAACUUGUCUCUUGUUUGGAAUAAGUAUGGCUGGGACAAGGUGUCGAACCUUCUAUACGUUGAUCAACCUAUCGGAACAGGCUUUAGCUAUACAACAAAUGAUAGUGAUUUAAGAAAAAAUCAAAACGAUGUCACCAAUGAUUUGUAUGACUUUUUACAGGAUUUCUUUACGGAGUAUCGUGAAUUUGAUAAACAUGAUUUUUUUAUAACUGGAGAAUCAUAUGCUGGGCAUUACGCUCCUGCUCUUGCUUCUAAAAUUCUUCAAGAAAACAAAGACAAAAGGAGAAUAUACAUACACCUGAAGGGAAUUGCCAUUGGUAAUGGAUUGAUAAAUCCUGGAAUUCAAUACCCAGAACAACUAUCUUAUGCUUUGAGUCAAACUUUAAUUAUUGAUGGUAGUUCUGAUUACUUACGGAUUAGGGGUAUUGUUAGAAAAUGUAAACUUUCUUUAAAAACUUGCGGUGCGUAUUCUUUUAAUCUUCUUUAUGUUUUCCGUUUAUUUUUGGUGUUCUUUAGUCAAGACUAUUAUUUGUUUGGUAUUUAUACCCUGCAGCCUGUUUCUUUCUUUUUAGAUGCUGAUGGUGAUCAUGUUAGAUGUCUUCUUGCUGCAUAUGAUGUUUGCAGUAAAAUAAUGGAUGAGAUUCUAAGUGUUACUGGAAAUAUCAAUUAUUACGAUAUUCGGAAAGACUGUGAAGGCCGCUUAUGCUAUGACUUCUCAAACAUGGAGAAACUAAUGAAUGAUGAAUCAAUAAAGAAAUCCCUGGGAGUAGGUGCAGAUAUACACUUUGUUUCAUGCAACUCUACCGUAUCAGACAACAUGAAGGGGGAUUUCAUGAAGAAUUAUCAAGUAGGAAUACCUGCACUACUUGAAAAUGGGAUCAAGAUUCUUAUUUAUGCGGGAGAUAAAGAUGUUUUGUGCAAUUGGCAAGGAAACUUGAAGUGGGUCCUUGGAAUGAAAUGGUAUGGCGACAAAAUUUUCAAAGCAUUAAGACCUGUUGAUUUUUUUGUCGAUGGAGACAAAGUAGGCGAGUUAAGAACUCACAAACAUCUGUCUUUUGUUAAGAUAAAUAAAGCUGGUCACUUGGUACCGAUGGAUCAACCAAAGGCAGCUCUACAAAUGAUAGAAACCUGGAUGCAAGACCGUCUUUCAGUAAGUAAACACGUUUUUUUUUCUUCUUCAUAGAUAUUUUCCGACUGAUGAUGGCUUUUGCAAAGUACCUCCAGCUCUGUUUUUCUGUAUUAAAACUAAUAAAAAAAAAAGUAUCUGUCGUAUUGUAAAUUCAAGCUUCCACAUGAAUUCAAGGGGGUUUAGCAAGCUCAUAAGUGUUCAGCUCCUUGUCUCCAUUGCUGCUACUACUUUUCACGCUUUAAUUUCCAAAUGCCCUCUUAUUGAACGAAUAAAGGAGUUUCCCAAUAUACCGGUUCUGUUCAUUGCUA